GUCAAUUUUAGCAUAAACGACUGCCUUUGAAGUUUGAGACGUUUAUUAUAACGUGUUUGAAGAGACGUGUAAAUUUCGAAUCGCAAUUUUUAGACAGGUCUUCUCAGGGAAAUACAUAUUUGCUGUUUUAAGCCCAUGAGAUAGAGUACCUCCGGGGCACAAGCCUGCUUUUAUUAAAUGAGAUAUCAGGAUAUGGAUCUGAUUCUGCAUUGGCGACAAAAAAAAACGCCUCUUAUAACGGAAACGCACUAUCAAAAUACACUCUAUUUUCUUUUACCUUCAGGACUGAGUAAACAACCCGUUAAAGACAAAGAAAAAAAGGGUUUUCAUAAAACUAGCACGACUGGAAGCAAAUUUGACAACUUAAAAGUUGUCAAGUUAAAAGCUUUGGACUAAUUCGACGACCAUGGUUGCGACGGAAGGUCAAGACAAAUGUUUGGCGGUUCCACCACCUACUUCACUGUCUUUGUUCACUGCCGCUACAUCUGCACUUUUAGCAGUCGUGACUGUUCCUUGCAACGUUCUGGUGUGCCUUGUAAUUCUCAGAAGUCCGCCGCAAUUUAAAAACCUGCGCACGCCAUUCACGUAUUUCAUCCUCAACCUCGCCAUAACCGACGUUCUUGUCGGAAUAACAACAGAACCGAUGUCAGUGGUGUACCACCUCAUGGAAGCUAGAGAAGUUUCUUCGCCAAGCUUUGUUAGGUUAUUCCAUUUGCUGUACUUUCUGCCUUGCACUGUCUCCGUUCUAAGCAUCAUGGCACUUACCCUUGAACGAUUCUUCGCGAUCGCAAAACCCUUAAGGUACAGACGAAGCGUGAACCAUUUCAGAGUGAUCAAGGCUUCGGGAAUGAUAUGGAUUUUGUCGCCCGGGUUUUUAAGUCCUUAUUUCGCCGUGGGCUACCGCACCUAUUCGUUUCUAUUUGCCAACGUGGUGAUUUUGGUAACUCUGGGCAUUCUUCUUUACGCUUAUUUCAAAAUCAUCAAGACCAUUCAAAGUAGGAAAAAACUUCGGCAGGAAACAAUGCGAGGAUUCUGCUUUGCAAAUCAGAAAGCAACAUUAUUCGAGGAAAAAGUGACUUUCACGUUCACUUGGAUCCUGAUUCUUUUUGCGAUCUGCUACGCAACACCCUGCCUUCUGAUUUACAUCAUGAAUUUAUGUACAAACUGCUCGUGCGAGGCAAUCCACUGGUUGAGGGACACAUCAUUUCUCUGCGUCAUCUGUAAUUCCGCCAUCAACCCAUUCUUGUAUGCAUGGCGCCUUCCCAGUUUCCGCAAAGGACUGAGGUUUAUGAUGCUUGGCAUCAGUAGAAAAUCUUCACUGGCUAAGAACAGCAAACUGGAUAACGCUCUUCAAUGCGUGCCUUUAAGAUCACCACGCUAGAGGGAAGAGUUAGUACUUUUUUUUUUUUUCCAAAAUGGCGACCUGGAAUCAGAAGAAUAUCCCCAUCGGUUAAGAACAGCAAAUUGGAUGGCGCUUUUCACAACCAAACAUCUGGCCUCUCUGGUCAUUGCGUGCCUUCAAGAUCGCCACAGUAAAGGACAGAAUUGUACCUCUCUCCAAAUUGGCGACUGGAAUUGAGGAAAAAACAUCCUCAAGGAAAGAACGCGUACGGCCCACAAAAAUAGCACUUAAAAGCUGUAGGCGGAGCAACUAGUAUUAUCAGAGAAAAGACGAUGUAAAAUUGUUUGUAAUUACGAAGGUGCGAAUGACUGGAAGUAUGCAAAAUGCUUCGAAAAAUCAUGCAGAAUUCAUGCAAAUCCGUCUAGUUUUUUUCUUUAAUUUAAAUUACAUUUUCCCGGCCGAGUCAACACCUGGCUGAAUAAAACUUUGCUUGAUUACCGAUGAAAGGUGUUUAUUUAAGAGCUGGUAUAUAUUUCCCACGUACUUGAUGGAUAAAAUAUCUUUUCUUAAAUCUUAAAGCAGGUCAUUUACUGUAAAAAGAAAGAUCUCCCUCAACAUCCUUCCUGAGCCAUACAGGAAACGCUGGACACUUCCAGCAAAAUGCACGCACUAUUAGAAAGACCUAGAAAUGUGCACUGCAAACUCACGACAUCAUUAGAGGACCUCAAAAAAAAAACAAAAAAAAACAAUGGAAAAUGCGAAAAAGUUAUUUCUUCUUUGAUGAAAAAUAUCUUUCA